UCAACAAGGACAAGAUCCGGGCCAAUUCCCAGGCGGCCACUCCAGUCAGUGCCACGCAGCUGACCCGCUGCCGGGGUGUGGUGAUGGGCCACAUGGAGCACCUGUUGAGCUUGUGGAUUGAGGAGCAGAAGAAGCAGAACCUGCCUGUCAGCACGCUGCUAAUCCAGGACAAAGCACGCCAGCUCUUUGCACAGCUGCAGCAAGAACAGGGUGAUGGUACCCAGGCUGAGACCUUUGGGGCCAGCAAUGGCUGGUUUGCCCGCUUCAAAGCACGCCACAAUGUGCUGCUGACAGAUGAGCCGGCCGUAGCCGAUACCCAGGCUGCUGCCCGAUACCCCCUGGACACAGAGGAUGCGGAUGCCAGCAGCUCUGGGCAAUCCUGGGCAGCAGGGAAAGGCCUGGCCUCCAAGAGAGCAAAGCCAGAGCUCAUGGAGACCACAGAGGGUAUGGGGACUGAGGAAGCCAGUGAGGGGCUGCUGAGCCAUGAGCACCUGGCUCAGGCCCUAUCCCACUUUGCUGCUGGCCUCCAAGUCUUUGUAGAAAAUGACCCCAACUGGGAGCGCGGUCUGUGGGUGUCCCCGGGUAUCCACAGUGCCCUCACCCACCUCCGGAAGCUGCACCGAGACAGGAGGCAGCAGGCUCAGAUCAUACUGCCGGUGCGUGAUGGAGCUAACGAUGACCUCGUGCUGCCUGGCUGGAACAGCAAGGAUGCCGGCUGCAUGGGGCACUGCUCCACCUCGGGCCCUGAGGAGGCCUGA